GAGGGAAAAAACAUAAUUUGUUUGUUGUGAUUCAACUUCAGAUCAUAAAAAACUUCAACUGCAUCAUCUGCUUGCUUGGCAUUCGCAUAUGAAUCGAGUUGACUUCGAAUUGCUCCGAAUCCGAGUUACAAACAAUAAUUUAAAAUUUAAUUCUUUUUAUAUUUUAAAGUUGAUAUAAAUAUAUAUAAACUAAUGUUGGAAAAAAUGUCGUAUCAAGGAUCUCCUUUCUCGGCUGUCUAUGGUCCUGAUGAUUUUGAUCUUGAUGAUGAUAACGAGGAAUAUAUGGAUGAUGAUCGGGACGUUGAUGAUCCAGAUGAAAGUGAUGAAGAUACUGAAGAAGCGAGCGAAACUGACAUGGGAAAAUCUGAAGAAUUGACAGAAAUAAAAGAGCAAGUUUAUCAAGAUAAAUUAGGAAAUUUAAAAAAACAACUUCAACAAUUAAAUGAUGGGAGUCAUCCUGAAUUUAUUCGUAAAUUAAAGCGUUUGGAGUCACAGUAUCAUGAAAGAUUACGUCUGAAUAUAAUUCAUCGUGACUAUCUUAUCGAGUGGGCAGAGAGAGAUUAUAUAUGUGAAAAAAAAGCUGCUGGAAAAGAAUUUGAAGAAAAAAAAAUAGAUCUAAAAGAAAAUUUAUUGACUGACAUGGAAGAGAAAAGAAAAAUGAUCGAAUCCGAUCGGCAAACGAUGGAAUUAACCGGUGAUUCAACAGAGGUAAAGCCAGUGAUGACACGUAAAUUACGCCGACGACCAAAUGACCCAGUCCCUGAAAAAGUUGAGAAACGUCGAAAACCACCUCCAGCUCAAUUGAAUUAUUUACUAGAUGAAAAGGAAAUAGAAAAUGAUCUCAAGGCAAUAAGUCGAGGAAAAGUAGUUCCGACAGUACGGAAACAAGUGGUAAUACCACACUACAACAAUCCCGUAAAUAUUUCAACUUCUCAUGUACCACCUUCUCCAGAAGCAAAUUUAGUUGAGACGCGAAUCGAAGACGGUAAGCUGUGGUACGAACGAAGAUGGUACCAUAGAGGACAGCCUGUUUACGUCGAGGGAAUGGAAAUGUCGAGAUUCGGUGCUAAUAUAGCAGCCAUCGGAACGGAAGUCAUUUGGGUUAAAAAAGUAUCAGAUGGAAGUAAAGUACGUAUAUAUAUAUCACAAUUAAGCCGUGGUAAAAUAUCAUUGAAACGACGGGCGUCAUAA